AUGGAGUGGGAACUCAACUUGCUGCUCUACCUGGCCCUCUUCUUCCUGCUGCUCUUCUUACUCUUCCUCCUGCUGUUCGCCGUCAUCAAGCAGCUGAAGAACUCCAUCUCCCACACCGCCGGGGCGCUGCAGCCGGGCCGCCUCUCGCUGGCCCGGGAGCCUUGGGGCUUCUGCCGGGAGCAAGCGGUGUGA